ACGACUCUUCACCUAGUCUUUACCCCAACAGUUGUGCGGCUCAACAUGCUGCGUUCAUCUGUUCUACAGGGCCGGCAUAUACUGUCGUCUUCGGCUCGCCCACGGCCAGCACCUCAAUGGCUUGCGAGAGCUGGAGCAAGUAGCCGCCUCGCCGGUCAGAGAUUCUUCGCUGAUGCAAAAUCUCCUACUCCUGUUACACCUUCAUCCGCCACUCCAGUUCCCGCAGAGACCGCCGCGAAAUCGACCGCAGGCCCCAGUGCUACUGAGACACCCACUCCAGCGCCAACCCGCAAGACUGGCCGCUUUCGAAAGUUUCUGAUCUACCUCAUCCUUACAUCCGGGUUGGCAUACGGUGGUGGUGUCUUCUUGGCUCUCAAAUCCGAUAACUUCCACGACUUCUUCACGGAAUAUGUCCCAUACGGCGAAGAAUCCGUGCUCUACUUUGAAGAACGAGAUUUUUACCGUCGAUUCCCGAACACGCUCAGAAAUAAGAACCGUCUUUCUCCCGCAUCUCGGGAUGAGGGCAGUCGGGUUACUAUCCCAAGCAAGAGCGGGCUUUCUUCUAAGGAAGUUGAAGAAACUGGAACUGAUGUGUCCCAACCUGGCCCACACAUGAGUGCUGUUACUCCAGCCAAGGCCGAUGAGGCGACUAUCAAGCCUGCGGCUGCAAAGCCCGAGGAGAAGACUGCUGCAGUUAAAGAGGCGAAGAAGCAAGCGCAAGAACCUGAGAAACCUAGGGAAGAGCCCAAGCAAGAGCCCAAACUGCCUGGAUCAGCCCCCAUCACAACCCUUGAAUUCGCCAAUGUUAGCGAAGGAGACGAGCCGAUUGUUCAGGAGCUGGUCAAAACAUUCAACGACAUAAUCACCGUCAUUAGCGCUGACGAGGACUCGGCUAAGUACUCCAAGCCAGUUGCUAAGGCGAAGGAGGAGCUCCAGAAGAUUGGUGAGCAGAUUCUGAGUGUUCGGGAUGAGGCACGUCGCGCUGCUCAAGAGGAAAUCGAGAAAGCUCACGCUACCUUUGAUGAGUCUGCCCGUGAGCUCAUCCGCCGCUUUGAAGAAGUACGUGCCAACGAUGCUGCUCAAUACCGUGAAGAGUUUGAGGCGGAGCGCGAGAGGCUAGCGCUUGCCUACCAGCAGAAGAUUCAGACAGAAUUGCAGAGAGCCCAGGAAAUCGCAGAGCAGCGUCUCCAGAACGAACUCGUGGAACAGGCAAUUGAGCUCAACCGCAAGUACAUACAUGAAGUGAAAGACUUAGUUGAGCGCGAGCGCGAGGGCCGCCUUAGCAAGCUGUCUGAGCUUACCUCAAGCGUCAGCGAACUUGAGACACUCGUCACCGGCUGGAGGGAGGUCAUCGACACUAACCUCAAAACCCAGCAACUCCAGGUGGCUGUGGACGCAGUUAGAUCCGCUCUUGAGCGCUCAACAGUCCCUCGACCCUUCGUGCGAGAAUUGGUGGCUGUCAAAGAAUUGGCUGGAGAUGACCCGGUCGUUGAAGCGGCUAUUGCAUCUAUCAACCCCGCAGCGUAUCAGCGCGGUAUUCCUUCAACAUCCCAGAUCAUUGAGCGUUUCCGCCGUGUCGCCGAUGAAGUCCGUAAAGCCAGCCUGCUUCCCGAGGACGCCGGUAUUGCAAGCCACGCGGCAAGCUUAGUAUUGAGCAAGGUUAUGUUCAAGAAGGAUGCCGAGGCCGGAAGUGAUGACGUUGAGAGUGUUUUGCUGCGGACGGAAAAUCUUCUGGAACAAGGAAACCUGGACGAUGCUGCUCGUGAGAUGAACUCGCUAAAGGGAUGGGCCAAGAUUCUGAGCAAAGACUGGUUGGCGGAUGUGCGCAGGGUUCUCGAGGUGAAGCAGGCUCUAGAAGUGAUCGAAACCGAGGCACGUCUUCAGUGUCUAAGGGUUGAGUAGAUAGAUACCAUCCGCUGUUUCUUCGCUUGGCUGUAACUCUUACCUGUGACAGGACAUGUAUCUUAGUUAUAUUUUCGUCUCUAGAUAACACUAGUAGAUUUCUUUUG